AUGGGCAAGCAGACGUUCUGCGCUGUCAGAUGCCAUGCGUGCUCGCGCUUCUGCGUCCAGCUGCAGAAGAAGAGUGGCAAGUGGGGUUGCCCCACCUGCGGCGCCAAGCAGUCGGUGCUGCAAGUGUUUGCUGUGGGCGACGCGGCGAAGGAUGUGCGUCUCGUGGUGCAGCAGCUCAAUACCUCCCAGGGGGAAGCCGAGGAGGCAGCAGGGCUCAACCAGAAAGAGCCGCAGCGCGCGGAGCAGCAGGCGGCGCAGCAGGCCGAAACAGUCGGGCUGCAGUCUGGGACUCAGCGGGCGGCUGGCAGCAGCGGGCCGGGCAACGCGCGGCCCUGCUGGGAGGGGUUUGCUGAGGGCAUGUGUGAGGAGGAUGACGUGGACAGCGAACAUGACGGCGGCGGGGGAGGGUUUGUGACGGCACUGCCAGGGGAUGGGCACUCGCGGGGCGGCAAGGGACGUGGCAGGCGGCGAGGGGGCAACGCAGUGAGCGGCGGCGGCGGCGGCGGCGAAGGUGAUUGUGGGGUCAGGGGCCAGAACAAGCGCGUCAAGGUGGCAGACGGCUGGGCAAACUCACGCCCCCAGGCAUCCGACGGACCUGGCGGCUGCGCAACGGCUGCACCCCGCAGCUCAGCCGUCGCUGCAGGGAAGUGGCUUGCGCCGACGGUUGCGAGACCUGUCAACCCUCAGCAGCAGCACCACCACCACCACCAGCCGCAGCUACCCCUGGGGCCGCUGAUACGUGGCGCUCAGCCACAUGUUUGGCAGCAGCAGCAGCAGCAGCAGCAGCAACAGCAGCAGCAGCAGCAGGAGAAGCAUCAUAUACAGCAGCAGCAGGCCAGCUGGAGCGUGCCGUCUCAGCGACCGGCACCAGGUUUGUUACGCCAGCAGCAAGGUGGCGCUGCGCAGCAAGUGAUGGGUGGGCGUGCACCCGCGGGCGGGGCACAUGCGGCAGCGGCGCAGGUGUCAAGAUGGGGCGAGUUUCUGGAAGGCGACGAGGGGGCGGCAUCAGACGGCUCCGAGAGCGAUGGCGAGAACGCUGUGGCCUGGGGGCGUCGACAGUCAAACGAGGCCAGUAUGGCGGCAGACACCCAUGGCUGGGGCCGGCGGCAGGCCGCGUGA